AGAGGGGACAGGCAGGCAGCGACAGACAGACAGACAGACGGGGAGAGAGCACAGCCCGCGAUAAGAGCCACAGUCCGGGCUACAGCGAGAGGACAGGCAGCGCAGGGCGGACAGGCAGAGGGAUCCAUAAAGGGCAGGCAGCAGCACAGCAGAGAGAGGGAGACAGAGAGGCAGUGGGAGCCCGCUCGGCGAGUCAGGCAGACUCACGCGCCCAGAGAAGUAGCGUCUCCUCCAGAGUAGCAAAGGGGGCGAGGCGGAGGAGGAGGAGGAGGCAGAGACCAUGUCUUUCGGGAAGACAGCCACUGUACUGUAACAGCACCAGAGCUGCCGCCACAUAAACACACACGCCAAAAAAGCCCCACACCACCAAGAAGCUGGGGGCAGAUCCAGGGUGCUGGCAAGGUUGAUGAUGAUCUGUAAAACUGUCUAAAGGAAGAGCAUGGGGACUGGCAUUCUGAACUGUUAGUGGGGACAUGGGACUCAUGUUGUCAUUGAUCAUUUGUGUGGAUUUAACCGUUGAAGAGCAACAGAAGCAGCUAGAAAGACAUCGAGAAUUAAAGCUGCUUUGAAGGUCACCAAAUCUUGUUUUAAUUUGUGUCUGGGAGAAUGUCUGAGCAAGGUAAAUUGAACCAGGAGACAGUGGAGGAAACUGCCAAAGAGCAGGAGUCUGCCAUCUCUGAUGCAACCCCAGAGAACUGCAUCAUUAAUAAAACGGAAAGCUUGGAAGCAGAGGAAAAGGAGGAGAAGCUGAGUGAUGCCAAGACGGACCUCCAGAAACGAGGUGUAAACCAGAACCAGCAGAAAAAGAGAUCCAAGUCAGGAGCUAAAGGGAAACUGGUCCGGAGUCUUGCUGUGUGUGAAGAAUCAUCCCCUCGACUGGGAGCAGAAGGUCUUCAUGAUAAUCAGGAGUCAAUACAACUACAGCUUUCGAGCUUCCCCAGUCUACAAGAAGAGGAUAAAUCUAGUAAAGAUGACUCUGAGAAAGAAAAAGAGAAGGAUAAAAACAAAGAAAAAGAUAAAAACUGUGAAAAAUCCAAGAUCAGAAUGUUAUCGAAAGAUUGCAGCCAAGAAUAUACCGAUUCAACAGGCAUAGAUUUGCAUGAAUUUCUGGUGAACACAUUAAAGAAUAAUCCCAGGGACAGAAUGAUACUCUUAAAAAUGGAACAGGAAAUUAUAGAUUUUAUUAGUGACAACAAUAAUCACUAUAAAAAGUUCCCUCAGAUGUCAUCAUAUCAGAGGAUGUUAGUGCACAGAGUGGCAGCUUAUUUUGGAAUGGAUCACAAUGUAGAUCAAACUGGAAAAUCUGUAAUUAUUAACAAGACCAGCAAUACUAGAAUACCAGAGCAAAGGUUUUCUGAACAUUUAAAAGAUGAAAAAGGUGAAGAAUCCCAGAAGCGAUUUAUCUUGAAGCGAGAUAACUCUAGUAUUGAUAAAGAAGACAAUCAGCAAAACAGAAUUCAUCCAUUUAGAGAUGACAGACGAAGUAAAUCAAUUGAAGAGAGAGAAGAGGAGUAUCAGAGAGUGAGGGAGAGAAUAUUUGCACAAGAUUCAGUUUGCUCCCAGGAAAACCUUUUUGUGGAAAACAGUAGGCUCUUGGAAGACAACAGUAUAUGCAAUGACACCCAUAAGAAAAGACAGCUAUUUAGGGGUAACAGAGAUAGCACAGGGAAGGCAUCUGGCAGCCGGCAAAGCAGUACAGAGAACGAAAUGAAAUGGACAGACCACCAGAGGCCAUGGAGCAGCACAGAUUCAGACAGCUCCAAUCGCAAUUUAAAGCCAGCCAUAACAAAGACAGCAAGUUUUGGUGGAAUAACUGUUCUGACAAGAGGAGAUAGCUCAUCAAGUAACAGGAGUACCGGCAAACUGUCUAAAACAGGUUCAGAGUCUUCCAGCAGCGCUGGCUCCUCAGGAUCACUGUCACGAACACAUCAGCCUCUCCAAAGUGCAUCCAUUGUCCCUGGAGUGACAGCCAGCCCUUCAGGCAAUGUUUCAUAUACAGAGAAUGGGAUGAAUGGCCAGGUAGCACCAAGCAACACCAGCUAUAUCAUACUUCCACUUGAAGCUGCAGGGAUACCACCUGGCAGUAUCCUCCUCAAUCCACACACAGGCCAACCGUUUGUAAAUCCUGAUGGUACACCUGCAAUAUACAACCCUCCCAGCGGCCAGCAGCCAAUUAGGAGCCAGCUUGUGGGACAGUCUCAGCAGCAGCCUUCAUCCCAACAGCAGCAGCAAGUGCAACAACCACAGCAACAAAUGGGAAGUCACCUUGUCACACAGCCUGUUCAGGCUUUGCAGCCAUCUUCCCAGUCAGUCCAAUAUCCAGCAGUUUCUUAUCCACCCCAGCAUCUCCUGCCAGUCUCUCCAACGCAGCAGUUUCCUGUGCGAGAUGACAUGACAACACAAUUUAGCCAGAUGAGUUUAAGUCGUCAGUCAUCAGGAGACAACCCCGAGUCGCCUUCUGGUCCUGUCUACCCAUCACCUAUUAUACAGCCAUCUGGCCAGCAGACUGGUUAUGUCAUGGCAUCCCCAAGUCAGCAGCUUCCUCCAGGAAGUUUUACAGGUUCAGGUCCACCAGUAUCCCAACAAGUACUGCAGCCUCCACCACCACCCCAGGGCUACGUACAGCAACCAUCACCUGCUCAGAUGCCAGUGUAUUACUACCCAUCUGGUCAAUACCCUACCUCAGCAACUCAGCAGUAUAGACCCAUUGCCUCAGUUCAGUACAAUGCACAGCGGAGUCAACAAAUACCCCAGACUGCACAGCAAGCAGGUUAUCAGCCUGUCUUGACUAAUCAGCAACAAGGGUUCCAAGGACUCAUGGGAAUGCAGCAACCUCCCCAAAGUCAGAACCUGAUGAAUAAUCAGCAGGGAAAUCAGGUGCAAGGCUUGAUGGUUCAGUAUCCAGCCAUGUCGUCUUAUCAGGUGCCAAUGACGCAGGGUUCUCAAGGACUGCCACAACAAUCAUAUCAACAACCAAUCAUGCUACCUAAUCAAUCAGGUCAAGGAACAAUUACAGCCACUGGAAUGCCUGUUUACUGUAAUGUCAUACCUCCCACCCCACAGAACAACUUAAGAUUGAUUGCCCCACACUGCCCCUCCAAUAACGUUCCAGUUAUCGCCGCCAGCUGCAGGACAAACUGUGCAAGUAUUAACAAUGCAGGGUGGCAGAUCAAGUACUGAUACUGCGGCUUAGUGUGGAUAUACAAGGAUAGCGGUGCAUUAUUUGACAAAUAACUCAUGGCCUUCAAAUGAAGAGGAGCACAACAGGAUAAUCAGUUGGGGACAUAAGUUUUGACAGUGCUCAAGUGAUUGCUGCUGGAAUUCUGUAAAAAAACUUAAAUUAAAAAGAUAUUUGCUGGUUAAUGGUGCAUAUUUUGUCAUGUCUGCUAGGUAUGCCUUUAUAGCUAAGCUAGUGACAUGAAUUCAUUGAGGUAAGAUUUUUUCCUACCGCUGAACACCACUGUGUAGAUUGUAAUAUCCCUGAUUCGGAUUAGUUUUGUACUUUGUGUUGAGUUUGUGAAGCUAAAAGUAUUUAAAAAAAUAUAUAAUAAAAUCACAUUGUACCAAAGCUGUAAUGGAAAUUUGAAAAAACAAAAAAAGAAUUGCUGAAUGGAAGGAAUAAUUUAUAUACACUAUAGAGUUUUUUUAUGGACAUAUACUGUAUUGUAGUGUUUAAUCACAAUAAAGCUAUUUGACCUCAUGGAGAAAGGUCAUGUUUC